AUGAAUUAUACGCACAUGGAUCAAGACCAGCUGCAGCAGCAGCAGCAGCAGGUUGCAACAGUUUUAUGUUGUAACUGUGGUGUGCCAAUCGAUGGGUCCGGAGGACUGGUUAUGUGUUACGACUGUAUCAAGAUGACUGUGGAUAUCACGGCCGGCAUUCCUAGAGAAGCCAACGUUUCCUUCUGCAGAAACUGUGAGAGGUUCCUGCAACCCCCCGGACAAUGGGUUAGAGCCGAUUUGGAAUCCAGAGAGUUGUUGGCGAUCUGUCUGCGUCGAUUAAAAGGUUUGACCAAGGUUAGAUUAGUAGACGCAUCUUUCAUCUGGACCGAACCACAUUCCAGACGUAUUAGAGUGAAACUGACUGUGCAAGGUGAAGCUAUCGCCAAUACUAUCAUUCAGCAAACUUUUGAAGUGGAAUAUGUGGUGAUUGCAAUGCAAUGCCCUGACUGUGCUAAAUCUUACACCACUCACACUUGGAGAGCAGCCGUCCAAAUUAGACAAAAGGUUCCACACAAAAGGACUUUCUUGUAUUUGGAACAGUUGAUCCUGAAGCAUAACGCCCAUGUGGAUACGAUUUCCAUUAGUGAGGCAAAGGAUGGGCUUGAUUUCUUCUAUGGGCAAAAGAAUCACGCCGUUAAGAUGAUCGAUUUCUUGAACGCAGCUGUGCCCAUCAAGUACAAGAAAUCCGAAGAACUAAUCUCCCAAGAUACCCACACCGGUAGCUCGACUUAUAAGUUCUCGUAUUCCGUGGAAAUCGUGCCUAUUUGCAGAGAUGAUCUCGUUGUUCUGCCCGGUAAGCUAGCCAAGUCCCUAGGUAACAUAUCUCCAUUUGUUCUGUGUUCGAAAGUGACUAACGCAGUUCAAUUUCUGGAUCCCAACACUUUGCAAACGGCGGACGUACCGGCAUCAGUAUACUGGAGAGCUCCAUUCCAUUCAUUGGCUGAUGUGUCUCAAUUGAUCGAGUUCAUCGUCCUAGAUGUGGAACCUACCGGAGUGAGCCGCGGUAAAAGAGUACUAGCCGAUAUCACAGUCGCCAGAGCUGCAGAUCUUGGUGUUAACGAUCAGGAAUACUAUGUCAGAUCUCACCUAGGGGCUAUUUGCCAUGCUGGUGACAGUGUCAUGGGUUACUACGUUGCAAACUCCAACUACAACUCAGAUCUGUUUGAUGGUCUGAAUAUUGACCAUGUUCCCGAUGUUGUCCUAGUCAAGAAGUUAUACCGUAGAAAGACUAAGAAGAAUAGAAACUGGAAGUUGAAGAGAAUGGCCAAAGAACACAAGGAGAUUGAUGCUUCUCAAGAUUACUCUUCAAGAGCUCAAAGACAAGAGAUGGAACGUGCCGAAAGAGAUUACGAAGUCUUCUUGCAAGAACUAGAAGAAGAUGAUGAAUUGAGACAAGGUGUCAAUCUAUAUAAGAGUGCUGGCCAGGCUUCAGCAGAGCAUGAAAUGGAAGAAGAAGAUGAAGAAGAUGCUCCACAGAUCGAUAUCGAUGAGUUGUUGGACGAGCUUGAUGACAUGACUUUGGAAGACGGGGGAGCGGAUGAAACGGUAGCUUAG